AUGUCGUCCGAGAGUCAGCCAAGUCUCCUUCAUAAGUACAGGGGCGUCUUCUUCUCGGUCAUGUCUUCAGAAGAACUCCUUGGUUCCUUGGACUCCUUUGAUGCGAGAGAAGAUGACAUAUUUCUGGUUUCCUACCCCAAAUCCGGCACCCACUGGCUGGCGGAAGUCAUUGAGCGCAUUCCCAACGCCGGCAUCACGCUCACAUCUCCUAUUGAACUGGGAGACAUUUCUAAAUUUGAAGAGCUAAGAAUGGUUCCUAAGAGAAGAGUUAUCCCAACCCAUCUGAACUAUGAAAUGCUUCCGGUGACUGUGAAACAGAAGCAGUGCAAGAUCAUCUACAUUGUGAGAAAUCCGAAGGAUACAGCGGUGUCCAUGUUCCAUUAUUACAAGGACAACCCUAACCUCCCUUCCACAGAAACAUGGGCUGCAUUUCUAGAGCUGUUCCUCAAAGGAGACGUUGUGUAUGGCUCCUGGUUUGAUCACGUUUUGAGCUGGGAAGAACACAAAAAUGAUAAGAACGUCCUCUUCCUCUUCUACGAAGAAAUGAAAAAGGAUUUUGUUAAGAGCCUAAAGAAAAUAACUGCUUUCCUUGGCAUCGAUGUGAAUGACAGCGAGAUGGGUAAGAUCGCUCGGAGUACAUCGUUCAGUGAAAUGAAAAGUAACGCUGCCAAAGAAAACUGCGAUCCCAAUCACGUCAUCUGUGCCCUCACGUCCAACAGGAACCUGGUGUUCAGAAAAGGAGUGGUGGGUGAUUGGAUAAACUACUUCACUCCGAAGCAGAACAGAGCCUUUGAUGAGCUAUUCACGGAGAAGAUGAGAAACAGUGAAGUAGGCAGACAUUUGAAGGAGUAUGCGCAGUCGCAGACGCUUGAAGAAGUAUGCGCAGUCGCAGACGCUUGA